ACCUAAUGUGUCAAGCUCCUCGGUCGGGAUGAUAAGUAUUUAAGCGGGGCCCACACCUAUCCGAGUGCGAGGCAGCGCCACCAGGGCAUGAGCGCGAGAGACUCCACUGGCCGGGACCGCUCCCUCUUAAAGAACCGACAUUUAGGUCCCUCUUGGCAUAGCUAGGCACGCCAGGACCCAUUCUAAGCCAGAGUGCGCCAUUAAAGCGGGAACCUUGGAGUCUUGAACCAGCCCUAUCUUCGGUGGCACGGCGGAACUAUGGCGAUGAUGCCGACUAGCGGGUCCUACCUAUGUCUACCUAUGGGAUCCGGAUCCGAGCAAGCAUUCCUGAUUUCACAAGGAUUAGGCGGCCGAGGUGACAAAUAGAAGUGGUUUAGAUCUCUAGGUUUCAUCUGAUAAAGACAUGUCUCCUUUCUUCCCGUCCUCAUUUUCUCACCCUCAAACGCCCCGCCCAAUAUGGAGCCACCAACCCUGGACUAUGGACCCCCUGAGAAGGGCAACGAGUGGUCACUGAAGCCGCGCCUCGAAGACACGCGGGAUCGCGACCGCCGCUCCGGCAUCCCAGCCCGCCAGCUGGGCAUCACCUGGAAGAACCUAACCGUGAAAGCCAUCAGCGCCGAUGCCACGAUCCACGAGAACGUCAUCUCCCAGUUCAACAUCCCCAAGCUCGUCCGCGAAUCCCGGCACAAACCGCCCCUAAAGACGAUCCUUGACAGCAGCCAUGGGUGCGUCAAGCCCGGCGAGAUGCUCCUGGUCCUGGGCCGCCCCGGAUCGGGAUGUACGACCCUGCUCAGCAUCCUGGCUAACCGCCGGCGGGGCUAUGCCUCGGUCGCCGGCGACGUGCACUACGGCUCCAUGGAGGCCAAAGACGCAGAGCGAUACCGCGGCCAGAUCGUCAUGAACACGGAGGAGGAGCUCUUCUUCCCGACCCUCACCGUGGGCCAGACCAUGGACUUUGCGACCCGUCUCAAGGUCCCCUUCAAGGUCCCCGAGGGCGUCGGGUCGAAGGAGGAACUGCGGGACGAGACCCGGGACUUCUUGCUCGAGUCCAUGGGCAUCACCCACACCCACGGCACAAAGGUCGGGAACGAGUACGUCCGGGGCGUGUCGGGCGGAGAGCGGAAGCGCGUGUCUAUCAUCGAGACCAUAGCGACUCGGGGCUCCGUCUUUUGCUGGGAUAACAGCACCCGUGGCCUGGACGCCAGUACGGCACUCGAGUACACAAAAGCCGUCCGCGCCAUGACAGACGUCCUGGGACUCGCCUCCAUCGUGACCCUCUACCAGGCGGGCAACGGCAUCUACAACCUGUUCGACAAGGUGCUCGUCCUCGACGGCGGUAAAGAGAUCUACUACGGCCCCAUGGCAGAGGCCAGGCCCUUCAUGGAGGACCUCGGGUUCGUCUGCCAAGACGGUGCCAACACUGCCGACUUCCUCACCGGAGUCACCGUGCCGACGGAGCGGAGGAUCAAGCCCGGCUUCGAACUGUCGUUCCCCCGCAACGCCGAGAUGGUCCGGGCAGAGUACGAGAAGUCGCCCAUUCGCACCAAGAUGGAAGCCGAGUACGGAUAUCCCUCUACCCACGAUGCCGAGGAGAACACGAGGCUCUUCAAGGAGAGCGUCGCCAGCGAGAGAGACCGACGCCUACCCCAGAGCAGCCCGCUCACAGUCGGGUUUGCCACCCAGGUAAAGGCCUGCAUCGCCCGCCAAUACCAGAUCGUCUGGGGCGACAAGGCCACCUUUGUGAUUAAGCAGCUUUCUACUCUGAUCCAGGCACUGAUAGCUGGCUCGCUCUUCUACAACGCCCCGGCCAACUCAGGGGGGUUGUUCAUCAAGGGGGGUGCUCUGUUCUUCUCCCUGCUCUUCAACAGUUUGAUAUCCAUGUCGGAGGUCACCGUGUCCUUCUCCGGCCGGCCGGUCCUGAUCAAGCACAAGUCGUUUGCCUAUUUCCACCCUGCUGCCUUCUGUAUCGCCCAGAUCGCCGCCGACAUCCCGGUCAUCUUGUUCCAGGUCUCUUUCUUCUCGCUCAUUCUAUACUUCAUGGUCGGCCUAACCACCACCGCGAGUGCGUUCUUCACGUACUGGGUCGUCCUGGUCGCAACAACAAUGUGCAUGACUGCCCUGUUCCGAGCCAUCGGCGCCGCCUUUACAACCUUCGACGGAGCUUCCAAAGUAUCGGGCCUGGUCAUCACCGCCUGCAUCAUGUACACAGGCUACUUAAUCCAAAAGCCAAAGAUGCACCCCUGGUUCGUGUGGAUCUUCUGGAUCAACCCCCUGGCCUACUCCUUCGACGCCCUCAUGUCCAACGAACUCCACGGCAAGACCAUCCCAUGCGCGGCCUACAACCUGAUCCCCAACGGUGCCGGGUACAACGACACGGCCUACCAGUCAUGCGCCGGCGUCGUCGGCGCGACCCAGGGCCAGACCUUCGUCACAGGGGAGCAGUACCUGAGGGCGCUCUCGUACGGCCCCAGCCACAUAUGGAGGAACUUCGGCAUCGUGUGGGCCUGGUGGGCGCUCUACGUCGCCAUCACCAUCAUCUUCACCUCGCGGUGGAGGGCUUCCUCCGAGGGCGGCUCGAGCCUCCUGAUCCCGCGGGAGAAGUCCAAGGCGGUACUGCCCGCCGCCCUGCGAGCGGACGAGGAGUCGCAGGCCCGCGAACAGGAGAAGACCUCGGGCGGGAAUAGCAGCAGCGAUGAAGGCACCGUCGUGGCCAAGGACGAGGCCGACGGGCGGGGCGGGGGCGGGGGCGGGGGACUCAUCCGCAACACAUCCGUGUUCACGUGGAAGGACCUCUCGUACACGGUCAAGACGCCUACCGGCGACCGCGUCCUGCUGGACCACGUCCACGGCUGGGUCAAGCCGGGCAUGCUGGGCGCGCUGAUGGGGUCCUCGGGGGCGGGCAAGACGACGCUGCUGGACGUGCUGGCGCAGCGCAAGACCGAGGGCCAGAUCCGCGGCUCCAUCAUGGUCGACGGCCGGCCCCUGCCCGUGUCGUUCCAGCGGUCCGCCGGGUACUGCGAGCAGCUCGACGUGCACGAGCCGUACGCGACCGUCCGCGAGGCGCUCGAGUUCUCGGCGCUGCUGCGGCAGGGGCGGGAUGUGCCGCGCGCCGAGAAGCUGGCGUAUGUCGAUACUAUCAUCGAGCUGCUCGAGCUGCACGAUCUCGCCGAUACGCUGAUCGGCACUGUCGGCGCAGGUCUGACGGUCGAGCAGCGGAAGCGUGUCACCAUCGGCGUCGAGCUGGUGUCCAAGCCGAGCAUCCUCAUCUUCCUCGACGAGCCGACGUCCGGGCUUGAUGGGCAGUCGGCGUACAACACGGUGCGGUUCCUGCGCAGGCUUGCGGAUGCUGGACAGGCCGUACUGGUCACCAUCCACCAGCCGUCGGCGCAGCUGUUUGCCCAGUUCGACACGCUCCUGCUGCUGGCCAAGGGCGGCAAGACGGUGUACUUCGGGGAUAUUGGCGACAACGCCGCUACGGUCAGGGACUACUUUGGCCGCCACGACGCGCCGUGUCCCGCGGACGCCAACCCGGCCGAGCACAUGAUCGACGUGGUGUCGGGCCACCUGUCGCAGGGGCGGGACUGGGCCGAGGUGUGGGCUGCGUCGCCCGAGCACGACGCCGUCGGGGUGGAGCUUGACCGCAUGAUCAGCUCGGCGGCUGCGAAGCCCGCGGCAACGUUGGACGACGGGCACGAGUUUGCGAUGCCGCUGUGGCAGCAGACGCGGCUCGUGACGCGGCGGAUGAACGUGUCGCUGUUCCGCAACCGCGGGUACGUCAACAACAAGUGCAUGCUGCACAUCACGACGGCGCUGUUCAACGGGUUCUCGUUCUGGAUGAUCGGCGACGCGGUGGGCGACCUGCAGAUGCGGCUGUUCACCAUCUUCAACUUCAUCUUCGUGGCGCCGGGCGUCAUCAACCAGCUGCAGCCGCUGUUCAUCCAGCGGCGCGACAUUUUCGAGGCGCGCGAGAAGAAGUCCAAGAUGUACUCGUGGGUGGCCUUCACGACGGGGCUCGUGGUGUCGGAGCUGCCGUACCUGUGCGUCUGCGCCGUGCUCUACUUCGCCUGCUGGUACUACACGGUCGGGUUCCCGCACGACUCGAGCCGCGCCGGCGCCACCUUCUUCGUCAUGCUCAUGUACGAGCUCGUGUACACGGGCAUCGGGCAGUUCAUCGCCGCGUACGCGCCCAACGAGAUGUUCGCGUCGCUCGUGAACCCGCUCGUCAUCGGCGUCCUCGUCUCCUUCUGCGGCGUGCUGGUGCCCUACACGCAGAUCCAGGCCUUCUGGCGCUACUGGAUGUACUGGCUCAACCCCUUCAACUACCUCAUGGGCAGCAUGCUCGUCUUCGCCAUCUGGGACACCCCCGUCGUCUGCAAGGCCGGCGAGCUCGCCCGCUUCGACCCGCCCGCCGGCUCCACGUGCGCCGAGUACCUGGCCAGCUACCUCGAGGGCAUGGGAGCGAGCAGCAACCUGCUCAACCCUGGCGACGCCGCCGACUGCCGCGUCUGCCAGUACAGCAGCGGGAGCGACUACCUGCGCACCCUCAACCUCAUGGAGUACUACUACGGCUGGCGCGACGCCGCCAUCGUGGUCAUCUUCGCCAUCAGCUCCUACGCGCUGGUGUAUGCCCUCAUGAAGCUGAGGACAAAGACUUCGAAGAAGGCCGAGUAAUGUCCUGCUCGCCACUCAGACACAACACAACGUGGCAUUUGAGGCACUUGUCAUGAUUUCCUUCACUCUCAAAAGACAUGUAUUCUAAUAGACUGCAUCACAUAGAUUUUACUAGACUGCAUCACAUAGACCUUACCUACUAGACUAAUUAUAUCAUAGAUACCACUUUAAUUACCCAUAGACGAAA